GUGUCAGUUCCAGGCAUGACUCACUCUUACAGCGCCGCCUGAGCGUACCACAUCCCAAGAGAGGCUCCUGGGAAUUAACUCCAGCAAAGGGGCACCGCCGAGGCAAGUCCAUGACGUGGAAAUGGAUCUGCUGAGGAUGGCACAGACGGCGGGGAGGUGCUGGCCAGGAGGAGCCUCAGCGGCAACAGCUGAAGGAAGUCAGAGCGUGAAGGAGCCACAAAGUCUGGAGGGGACAGAUAUUUUUGGUAACACCGUAUAUAAGAUUUCGUGCAGUCAUUACCAAAAGAAGUCUAUACAGCGGAAACACAUAUGCUCCAUAAGAGUCAGCCCGUUAUGUGCCUCUAAUAAUGUUACAUAUUCCAACUCCUGCGUGUACUGCUUUGCUAACAUAGCUUUGCAGCUCACCCUUCGAGUCAAACACACUGGAAAAUGUCACCGGGCCUAACUAUUUUGAAUGAGAAGUGAUUUUCCUUCGUCCGUCUGAACCAAGCCUCGUCUUCCCUUCAAGAAGUGGAAUUCACUCUAUCCCCUUACUUUUAAAAAAAAUCAAUAAACCUCAUCGUAUGGGAAGCUUCCCUUUAA